UGCCACCUUCCUGCAUCAAACAUGAAGGUGCUGGUGAUCACCGUGAGCGUUGUCCUGCUGGUGGGAUCCUCCAGGGCAGGCGGAGGACAUGGAGGCGGUGGUGGGUUUGGAGGCGGCGGAGGUGGAUUUGGACACGGUGGAGGCGGCUUCGGAGGAGGUGGAUUGGGUUCAUUCGGCAGUGGAUCUCGCUAUGGUUCACGUGGAGGUGGCUUAGGUGGCGGCGGCUUCAGUGGAGGCGGCAUCGGAGGUGGUGGAUUAGGAGGAUCCAAAGGCUUCGGUGGUGGCAGCCACGGUGGCGGCGGCUUUGGUGGUGGUGGCGGCUUCGGUGGUGGCGGUGGAUCUCGCUAUGGCUCCAUUGGAAGAGGUUUCGGCGGUGGUGGCAUCGGCGGUGGUGGAUUCGGAGGAUCCAAAGGAUUCGGUGGUGGAGGCCAUGGUGGCGGCGGAUUCGGUGGUGGCGGCGGCUUCGGAGGCGGCGGUUUCGGUGGUGGCGGCUUUGGAGGAGGAUCCCACGGCCAGCGAUAUGGAUAAAAAGUGGAUACGUUAACUAAGGAUAUUAGACAUUUUAGUCAAGAUAAAUCAGUUCUCCUACAAAUUUAAUAUUCUUGACACCAUAGAUAAUUUAUAUGUCAAAAAAUAAACCUUUGAAUUCAA